UCAGUGUCCAAAAUUUACUCCAAUCGAACGAACGUUUCGCCAUUUAUAGAACGCAAGCGCUUUGGCAGUCUGCCAUAAGAUACCUGCUGAUCAAUUUUGAUCUUAGAUUUUGACAAUAUCCACGAAUUUCUCCUGCGAACAGUUAAAUCUAGUUAAACAUGGUAAAUAAGUACACUAUUCGUUGUUACUUCCACCAUGCAGUGAUCCCUUAUAUUCCAAGUUCAUACAAAAAAAGGGAACGAGAGCUCUCUGCCAAUGGAGCUGUGCUCAAAUUUUGAUGCGGAUGAGAUUAAGAGAUUGGGAAAACGUUUUCGCAAAUUAGAUCUUGAUAACAGUGGUGCACUAAGCAUCGAUGAAUUUAUGUCACUGCCAGAACUACAACAGAAUCCUCUGGUGCAACGCGUCAUAGACAUAUUUGAUGCGGAUGGUAACGGAGAAGUAGACUUCAAAGAAUUUAUUCGGGGCGUGUCGCAGUUCAGUGUAAAGGGAGAUAAAGAAAGUAAAUUAAGAUUUGCAUUUAGAAUUUACGACAUGGAUAAUGAUGGUUUCAUCAGUAAUGGAGAAUUAUUUCAAGUAUUAAAGAUGAUGGUAGGAAAUAAUUUGAAAGACACACAGCUGCAACAAAUAGUCGACAAAACAAUACUAUUCGCUGACAAAGAUGAGGAUGGAAAAAUAAGCUUCGAAGAGUUUUGUUCAGUUGUUGGUAACACGGACAUUCACAAGAAGAUGGUAGUUGACGUUUAAGUAAUCAAACUCUAUUUGACAUGUAAAAACUAUAAACGAUGCUAAGGCGGUAAUGUAAUUUCAACUUCGUGAAUUCAUUACUAAUAAUAGCUUUAUCGGAUAGUUAUAAGUAAAUUAAAGAUCUGUCGUGCUAGGGUGAAUACAACUGAUCCCCGUUCAGACAUUAAUCACAUCGAUAUCAAGAUUAAUUUGUACCAUAGCAUAGAGUUGCUUAAGUUCUCGAUAGUACAAUUGUUACUCUAUUUAUAACUUUUUUUCCUUUUCGAGCUAGACAAUCGUUUUCAAGUUUACAGGCUUACGCGUAUUGUGAAUCCAUCUGGAUUAUUAUCUUACCUCUUCAACUUACCCACCAAUGAUCCGUUGUGAUUUAUGAUACAUCUCGAUCUAUACAUUAAUUACAUACAUCUGUAGCGAGCAUAGAAUCAGUUUGGAACUUUUUAUAAUUCCGUAAGUUAUUUAAGAGAUGUGAGCGACUGAUAAGUGAAAGAACUGUCUUUGAAAUACGCGCAAAAUGCAGGUUUGCAUUGGCAUGUGCCUGGGAAAGGGGAUUUACUGUACGAAUCGCUAAUUCCACUAACACACUACUCGAAUUCAACUAUUAACGCUUACGCUGUACGAAGAAACGUGAUAUAUGCACUUUUAUGCAAAGCAAACGCGUGCAUCGUGCAAUAACGGAGUUUUCGCCUUGUCAAACUCUUGCUCUCAUAAUAGGCACCUGCUGUGCUCUUUUUGAAUAGGAACUAUAGUUCUUGAUGGCAUAUCAUGAUGUUUCAUUUUCGCAAAGAUUAUAAUUCUACUCGUAGCUAGAGGAAAAAUGGUCAUUUUCUAUUUCGCGGGGUAUCUCGACAAUUCGGGAACAUCUCCGUCGUCCCUGCAUGUUUUUUUAAUUAUCUACCAUUGUAAAACUGCAUCGAUAUUCAUUGUAACUUCGGAAGAAACGGAACAGCGGCCGAAUAUCAUAUAUAGAGGCACAAGGGUUCUUCGAGAUUGCGAGUCGCCUGAAGCUAAAGAGAACAUUAAUAAUUGUAAGAAUUAUGCGUGUAGAUUAACGUCUUGCCAUAUUUCGUGCAAAAGACUGAAACAUCCCUCGGCUCUCUGCGUCCUUCGAACGUACAAUUGCAUUGGUUGCGUAUUACUUAACAUGUGGUUAUUUAAGUGAAAGUAUAUAAAUAUAUAAUAUAAAUUAAAUAAUUAUUUUAAAAAACUCAUUCUAACGUUUUAACUGUUUCUAUAUGUAAAUGUUAUGUGGUCUCGCUAAAUGUCCAAUCAAAGUUCAGAAUUUGAAAAAUAUAUUGCAAUGAAUCUCUACAGUUGAUUUGUUU